AUGGCUAUUGAUACUGAAGAAGAGGCAAUCUCUGAGGUUUUAGAGGCACUAGAAGUGGAACCAAAACAUCCCGAUCCAAAGCCGAAGAAGCCGAAGCUCGAAAAUGAAGACAUUGCUGAAACACCAGACUCACAUCGUGAGUCCUCUAUGCUGACGUCGUGGGCCCGGUCUGAACAGAAAAAUUCUGUAUCCGUUCCUGCUCAUCAACCGCCUUUGCCAUUCCCGUCCCGAGCUAAUCUUAGUUCACUGGAAAGGGAACAUUUGGAUUUCAUUCAACAAAUAAAGGGUAUUCCUAUCAAUACUCCUUUUAUUGAUUCACUUUCAAAAAUUCCAGAAUACACGAAGUUCCUACAAGAUCUAAUAGACACUCGACAUGAAUUGAAGAAGAAGUCUAAAGUGAUUCUUAGUGAGAAAAGCUCAAGGGCUAUAUUAGGAGAGAUACCUAAGAAGAUGGGAGAUCCUGGACGCCUCACUCUUCCAUGUGACUUUGGAAAUAAUUUGAAGACUUAUGAUUUAGCCGAUUCUGGGGCUAGCAUAUAUUUGAUUCCUUUUUCGUUCUACCAAAAGUUAAAUAUCCAGAAGAUGAAGGCUACGAAGAUGACCAUCCACAUGGCCAAUCAUUCGGUGACGCAUCCAAGGGGAAUUAUAGAAGACAUCCUGGUUAAAAUUGGGAAAUUUGUUUUCCCAGUUGACUUUGUCAUUAUGGAUAUGAAAGAGGUUGCUAAUGUCCCCAUUAUUCUAGGUCGCCCUUUACUGAAUACUGCUAGAGCUCUUGUUGAUAUUCGUGAAUCCAAGCUCACAUUGAGGGUUGGUGAUGAAGAGGAGAUUUUUGGAGUACAAGAUGGUUUCCAAGGAAAUAACAUUCAAGGUGAAGUGUUCAAUAUAGAAGAUGACGACGAGCUUGCAAAAUUAGAGAAAUUAAUGGAAUAA